GUUCACAAUCCCACAAUCCCACACUCCCAUCACCACUUCACACACCGUACUUCUCGGUCCCCGUAAAAAAAGCAUCACCAACCAUCCCAUCACAAAAAUAUCCGCACUCCUCACCUCCCACCCCAUACAUCCCAAGAUGUUACUCCCACGCCUCCAGCCCCCAUUGCGAGGCGCCAUAACCUGCAUCUCGCGGACAUCGUCCGCAUCGGCCGCAGAAACACAUCUUUGCGAAGCUCUCGCGCAUCUCUCGUUCAGGAAAUCUUCUUCUCCACUUGCCCCUCUCAUCGCCGUUCGUCAUGCCUCGCACGCCGCGCAAGGAGCCGUGAACAAAGCGAAAGACGGCCCGGGCAAACGACUGGGUGCUAAGAAAUCUGGUGAACAAUAUGUCAUUCCCGGCAACAUCAUAUUCCGACAACGCGGAACCCACUGGUUCCCCGGUGAGAACUGCGCCAUGGGUCGCGAUCACACUAUCUACGCCACCCAACCGGGUUUCGUGAAAUACUACAAAGAUCCCGAGAGACAUCCCAAACGCCAAUACAUCGGUGUGGUAUUCAAGCGCGAACAAGUUCUCCCUUUGCCACGGAAUACGAUUAGGAGACGUAGAUUAGGAAUGGAGGUUGCGAAGAUUGAGGAGCCGGAGGUGGAGCAAGCGGUAGAGGUGGAGGUUAGUUUGGAGGGGGCAGAGAAGGAGGGCAAGAAGGAGAAGAAGAAGAAGGAGAGGAAGGGAGAGGAGGGUAGAAAUUUGCAGCUAAGACCGGGAUAUAUGUAUCGGGAAGCUAAUUGGGAGAUUGGAAGAGCGGCCGAGAGAGCAAAGGUUAAGGUCAGGUUGUAUAAGCCGGGAGAUAGAUGGACGGCUUGGAGGAAGGCAAAUGCGAGGAAGACGAAGAAUGCGGAGAAGAGGGGAUUGUCGAGUAGGAAGAAGAAAUAGAUGAGAGAUGGAAAGGGAAAUGAAAAUUGCGAGGUGGAGGAAAGGGGAAGGAGAAGGGGUGUAUGAUUAUCUAUUCAUCUGGUCUUGUUAUGGGAACAUGAAUGAAAGGGCCUGGAUUAGGGGCGGCCCCAGUGGCAAUAUUGAGGAAAUCCAACAAAAAAUGGAUGUGUAACUAGGCGAUAUCCUAACAAAUUUUUAUUUUACCGCAAGUGAACUUGUGGUAGUGAACACGAUUGACAUGUUCAUGACACAGAUACUUCGCAUCAGACGCUCUAUUUGCAUUCUUCGACGUUUGUGUAAUUCCUCAACAGAACCUUCA